UUCGGCGCGACCUUCAGCAGAUGGCUCUCGAUUUGAAAAUUCAAAAUUUGAAAAUAAAUAGAAAAAUGUCAAAGUGAUGAUGAUCUUUUUAGGAAUUUAUUAUGACCAGUUCGGGGGAUUUUAGUGUGCAAAAUUUUCAGUUACUAAUCGAAAAUUAUGAGGCCGCUCUCAAGGAUGUCACUGGAGAAUUGGACUCGGUCCAGACCGAACAAAAAACUUUGAAGAGAGCUUUAUGCGAAAAUAACCAGUUGAGUUAUGAAUUACACAAAAUUUUGGCUGAAAAAUCUAAAGGUGACGUUGAAUACCAAUUUAAAGAAAGCGAUUUAGUAGACAAUUUAAAGCUUCAAUUAAAAUCUGUCAAUGAUGAGAAAGAACAAGCCAUUAAGCUGUGGCAAAAUGCCACUAACAUCGUCGAACAACUUGAAAAUGAACUCAGGAUGUAUCAGGACAAUACACAAGGACAUGUUCCCAAAGCGAAACUAAUUGAGCUCAGAAAUUCGUAUGAAGAAAAACUCAAUGAGCUUCAGUCAACUGUCAUCCAAACUAAAAAAAAGUUAGAGGAAACAAUUAAUUUAAAGACAAAGGAAUUACUAUUCCGAGAUAAGGAGAUUAGUGGAACGCUUCAUAACCAAAAUUGCAGCAUCAAAAUAAUCAAAAACCUCGAAGAUGAAGUGCUCAAUCUUCAACAAAGAUUAACUGCCACAAACGACGAAAAAUCUCGAUUGGAAAACGAUGUCAAAGGUAAACAACAAGAAAUAGAAGCAUUGAAAACCACUGCUAAAGACUGUAAGGCCAGAGUGCAAGAGGCCUUGCAAGUUGUUGAUGCAGCUAUUAAUGAAAAAAAUGCGGCACUUCUCAGGGAAGUUCAAGCUAAAGAAGAAACAGGAAAAUUGGCUCAAACUCUCAAUGAUUUUAUUGAAGAAACUGAUUCCAAAAUAAAAAACAUUCAGCACGACCAUGCAGCGAAACUAGAUCAGUUGAAAACAGCCUUAGAUACUAACCAGGAAUUUCUGAAAGUGAAAGAAUUAGAAAUUGGAAACUAUGAAAGAAAAUGUGCCAAGUUAGAAAUGGAAUUAGAAAAAGCUCAAAACAGUCGCCUUUACUUGGAUGAUGGCGGCACUUCAAAAAUAUUGAUUUUAGAAAAAAAUCUUGAAAACACUUUUCAAAAACUGUUACUUUCAGAAAAACAAAACAUACAACUGAAAGCUGAAACUGAUGCCCUUAAAAACGACCUUGAGCAAAUGUCACGUCAUUACGAAAAAGACAUCAACCUUAGGGAUGCAGAAAAGGUUGUCUUGAAACAAGAAGUUUCAAAACUCAAGUUAGAACUGGAUGACAGUUAUGUUAAAGUAUCUCAAAGUAAAGACACUAUAAAUGACUUGAAUAAAAAAAUAUCAACAAUGGAAGUCAGUUUUAAAGAGAAAAUACUUGAAACAAAAAAUUCUCUCCAACAGACUAGUUUGGAGCGUCAGGAAAUGGAAACUGUUCACAAACAAAUUGUAUAUGAACUACAAGAACAAGUUCUGUUACAGAGUGAUGUCAAUAGCAAGUGGCGAGCAGAAGCAAAAGCUAUUACUGAACAGUUAGAAACAAUUAUAAUAGAACUAAAGAUGGCAAAUGGCAAAAUCAAACGAGAAAACAAAACUUUGAGUGAACGUCUUAGAAACGCAAAUCUGAAAAUGUUGGAAUAUCGCAAGUUUUUGGAAAUGAUAUCUAAAGAUGUUACCAAGAUAACUACAGUUGCCUUACCUGAAAUAAGUGAACAUGUGAGUGACAAUGGUUAGCGUUUUGGUGUAAAAACAUUUUUAGAGCAUUGUUUUCAUUGUUGACAGUUCUUUAAUUUGAUGAAUUAAUACAUGCAUUAAAUAAA